CGACAAAUCGACACGACGAGGGCGAGAGACGAUGGGAAACAACAAGCGGGCGUCGAGCUCAAAAGAGCAGCUCAUCAGCGGCUUUCGGGCGCUGAAAGUCGGACAGCACUACGUCUAUCUCCGAAAGCAUGCAGGCGACGAGGGACGGACGCUCUUCGUAGUAAACCUGCCGCCGGACACGACAGAUCGACAUCUCCGGGCGCUCUUUUCGCGAGCGGGUCAGAUUCAAAAGGUAUCUUUCUGGCAAGACAAGAGGAAGAGGAGCGAGGGACAUGGCGAAGAAGAGGAAGAGGAGGACGAGGACGAGGAAGAAGAGGAUGAGAACGAAGAGUAUCGGGGAGCAGAGGGAAAGAAGGUCCGAGCGCCUGCAGUCGUGCCUCUACCCCCCUUGGAUCCUCGCCACCCGCACGAGCUUCUCACUACGGGAACCAGCGCUCACGUCACCUUCCUUGACGAUUCAUCGCUCCAGAGGGCUCUUGCCAUGUCAGAGGUCCGAAGCUGGCCCGACCCGUUCGAGGGCGUCGUUCAGGCACAGCAAGACCUAGACGGAGCAGAUGGGUCCGAUCAGAAGAAGAAGAGGAAACGAGCUGCACAUGCGACGGCGCAGCAGGCCAUGGCCGAGUCAAUGUCCGCAGGCCCUCCUCCACUUGGACUACAGUUUCUGUUGGCAAGGCAGCGGUCACUGCGCCCUCCCCCUGCGAGCAUCAAGGCGCAUGCCGACUCCGUCGUGGCCCGCUACGAGUUUCUGCGUGCGAAUCCCAAGCCCAAGAAGUCGGCCAUCAAGGGCGUUACUGUCGGACCGGAUGGAGAGUUGCUUGACGAGGAUGGCUUUACGAUUGUUCAACGAGGCGGCAAGUACGGUCGCACCGCUGAGGUGGGAGGCUCGGCGAGCGUACGGGUAGCGAGGGAGCAUGCACAAGACGGGGAGCCAAAGAAGAAGAAAAAGAAGCUGGAGAUGGAAGACUUCUACCGGUUCCAGAGGAAGGAGCAGAAGAAAGAGGAGCUGGCAAAGAUGCGGCAAAAGUUCCAGGAGGACCGAGAAAAGGUCAGGAAGCUCAAAGAGAGCCGAAACUUUAAGCCUUUCUAGGUGGGACCUCUCGAAUGGUCCUCCCUGCCACGAUCAAGGAGGUCAGAGACUUGCGGUCUCGCUGGUGGGCGACGAUGAUCUU